AUGAAUAUUAUUUUGGAACAUUCUGAAAAUGGAGUUACGAUUCCUCACAGAACCUAUCUAAAAACUCUUGUUGAGUUUUCUGAUGAGGAUAAUGAGUUGAUUCAACUGAACAUGAAUCUACAGCUCAUUCUGAUUGAUUCUUUGGAUCGUGUCAUGUACAAUAAUGUUGUUAAUUGUACAAGUGCAAAACAGAUAUGGGAUACUUUGCAAAUAAUCAACGAGGGAUCUGAGGAAGUCCGGGAAAACAAGAAGGAAAUUCUUGUGGCUCAAUACUAUGACAACAAAGACUAUGACAAUUUGAUAAACAAUCUGAAUCUGAACGGGAAAUACUAUGACAACAAAGAGGUGAACCUGAAGUUUUUGCUGACGCUCCCUGAGCAUCUGGAACAUAGGAUAACUACCAUCAGAGAGAGCAGAGAUCUGUCAGCGAUUUCACUAGAAAAACUCUAUGGCGUUCUGAACACCUAUGAAUUGGAACAGGUCCAGAUGAAACAGAGAUACAGAUGGGGAAAGACGAUCAACGCGUCUACAUCUAUCAGCAAUUCUACUGCCCUCGUAAUAGAAUCACCUGUUGUGAAAGAUCGGAAGGUUGUUGUACCUUCUAAAUGCACCCAAGAGUGUGUGGUUCCUGAAAUUGGACAUACGUCAACAAGUACGGGUGAUGAUGAAUUCUACUCUAUGGAAGAGCUGGAUCAGCUUGAGGACGAAUUUCUUGCUAUGUUUUCUAGGAAGUUUAGCAACAUGAGAUUCAGGAAGAAUCCCUCCUACAAGUUUAAAUCUUCUGGCAGUAAAUUCCAGAAAGAGGGAUCUUUGUCCAUAACAUCAAAAGGGGCUUACAAGACUGGGAUGGUUAAUCGAAGUAAGUUCAAAUGCUUCAACUGUGAUGAGCCUGGUCACUUUGUAUCAGAGUGCAUGAAGCCCAAUCAGCUGGAAAAGAAGAAAGAAUCCUAUGACGAGCUAAAGCAGAAGUACGAGGCUCUGCUAAAGAAGCAUCAAGGCCAAAGCAGCCAAGGGAAGUCCUAUGUGGCCAAAGGGAAAAGAUGGGAUGACACAGAUAGUGAUAAGGAGGAAGAGCGGGGGAGUGUUGCUCUAAUGGCUUUCAUGGAACCUUCUACACCUCCACAUCGCACUGGCGGAUUUCCGGUAGAUCCUACUUGCCCUAAACUUUUUAUGCAAUUAGGACUUGAACGUAAUGAUGCUCUUAAGAAGCUCAAAGCUCUGACUCUUGAACACAAAGCUUUAAAGCAAGAAGUUCAUGAGUUGAAGUUAAAAGAAAAGCUUGUUCUCACUCCUAAAAUUGAACAAUUGACUAGUGAUUUAUUAACUCAGUCAAACAAGGUUAAAGUGUUAGAAUAUAGGGAGAACAAACUGAAUGAGCAAUUAGCUGAAGAGAAGGUUAGGUGCUGUAAAGCAUAA